AUGUCCUCCACCGUUAACAACGGGGCGGCCAGCAUGCCGUCCCCGCCCGAUGCCGCUAACGGCUUCCCGCAGCCCGGCGCCUCCUCCGGGAACUGGCCGCGGGCGGAGGAGGAGAUGCGCGCCGCUGAGCCGGGCCUGGUGAAGCGCGCGCACCGCGAGAUCCUGGACCACGAGCGCAAGCGGCGCGUGGAGCUCAAGUGCAUGGAGCUGCAGGAGAUGAUGGAGGAACAGGGGUACUCUGAAGAGGAAACCCGACAGAAGGUCAGGACUUUCCGGCAGAUGCUGAUGGAGAAGGAGGGAAUGCUCACCAGGGAGGACCGGCCUGGAGGCCACAUCGUGGCGGAGACACCGCGGCUGCCUGAGGGCGCCGAGCCAGCCCCUCCCCCCACUGAGCCCCUCCCCUUCACCAAGUCCCCUCCCAUCACUGAGUCCCCCACUUUGGCACUCACCCGCCGGAGACCCCAGAGCUGCUCCGUCCACCUGGUGGGCACCCCUCUGCCCUUCGUCAGCAGUCUUGCCCUCACCCCCACAAUGAGACCCUGGCAAAUGUCUGGGGGCCCAACUAACUCGGUCCAACUGUCUGUCCUUCUUUCUCCCCUGGCCCUCAGCAAAAAGAGGAGACUAGACUCCGAGUGCAGCUGUGGGAGCUCCUCACCCCUGCGCAAGAAGAAGAAGAGCGUGAAGAAGCACCGCAAAGACAGGUCUGAUUCUGGGUCCAGGAGGAAGAGACGGCACAGAUCUCGAAGCCCCAAGAGCAAAAGAAAAGAGAAGAACAAAGAGAGGAAGAGGCCACACGAGUCCCCAGGCCGGAGGUCCCAUCGCCACAGCAGUGGAAGUUCCCACAGCCCUUCACUCUCCUCCCAGGACAGUGAUUCCAGAUCACCCAGCAGGCAGAGCCCCAAGCACAGAGGCGAAGGUCGGAAGACGGGCAGCCAGCGGUCCAGCGGGAGCCAAUCGCCUUCCCUGUCGGGCGGCAGCGGAUGGGGGUCGCCCCAACAGAACGGAGGCAGCAGGCAGCGGAGCGGAGCGCACCGGGGCCGCCCGGGCUCGGCGCACAGCCCGCCCGAUGUACGUACGCCUGGCUUUGCAGAGGGUUCCCGCGCCACGCGGGGCUGCGCCGUGCUGGGGCGGGGCGAGUCGCUGCGGGGCCGGGGGCUGGACAAGGACGGCGAGGGCCGCGCGAGGCACGCCGAGGCUGAGGCCGCCCGCGCGCGGCGCCGUUCCCGCAGCUAUUCGCCCAUCCGCAAGCGGCGCCGGGACUCUCCCAGCUUCAUGGAGCCACGGCGCAUCACCAGUGCCCGAAAGCGGCCCAUCCCCUACUACCGGCCCAGCCCCUCCUCCUCCUCCUCCAGCUGCCUGAGCAGCGAUUACUCAAGCCGGAGCCCCAGCCGCAGCCCCAGCCCCAGCCCAGGCCACAGCCACGGAAGCUACAGCAGCCGCAGUCGAGGGACCCGAAGUCGCACGCGCAGCCCUUCCCGGACCCCCAGUCCCAGCUAUCACAGCCGGAGCAGCUCAGAAAGUGGGGGCUUCUGA